AUGGCCGGCCGCCACUUACACCAAGGAACAACGAGGCUAGGAAAGAGACAUUCUUCGUUGUCCGAUACCGAGAAGCUGUUGAGGCACCGUAGGGCUAGUGUUGACCCCUUCCAAUCGAGAUCGCGGGUUACUGCUCCGUCUGUCACGCGCUACCCGUUCUCAUCCGGGGGCAUUUCAACAACAGCCGUUGGUGGAACGGCAGUUCUCCGUUCGGUCCAUGGUCGGCGAGCAGGCGAGCGUCACCCCAGCCAGGGAACAAUCUGGACUGUUGGAGGCACAGUCUCUGAUAUAACAGCCGUCGAGGAUGGCCAUAGUAGAUUCGUAUACAGCGGCACGAAUGCCCGACUCUUCCCUACAUCGUACGCCAGCCGUCGGUCCAAAUCCGAAGAGGACGAGGAAAGACACGAGGAUCUCCUUGCUUUGGCACUCGAUGUUGACCGUGUCAAGAGAAUUCUAGAGACAGAUAUUACUGCUGGAGCUUCUCUUAGUAUCGAGAUCCCAAUGCCAGGUUUACAGCCAUCAUCGGGAGUUAAAGGGACCAAGUGGAGUGGUACAAAAUGGGAGAACGACAGCGUCGAAGAACCGCCCACUCAGGCAUCCCUGCGCAUUCUGCCUUCGUCACCUUUCAGAGUGCUCGAUGCCCGAAACCUGCGCGAUGACUUCUAUUGCUCUAUCCUUGCCUAUUCAGAUACCUGCAGUAUCUUGGCUAUGGGCCUUGGGAACAUUCUCUACGGUUGGACCGAAGACAAGGGUGUUGCUCUCCUCAAGACUUGCCCACCGGAAUGCUGGAUCUCUUCGGUCGACUUCUCUUCCUCCCAGGGCAGAAAGAGUAUUCUAGCUUUUGGCAGAAUCGACGGGCAUCUUUGUUUGAUGACACCGAGCGAAGCCGACUCUCCGCGAUUCGACAUUGAACAGCCGUUCCCAGUUGCCUAUGUGAGCUGGCGACCUGUUUGCACGACAAGACCGUCGAAAAAUCCACUAAACCCCGGUGUCCCAGUCGAAACGGAGGACUUGAUCAAGGCUCAUGCCCAGCAAGUUUGCGGGUUGGCCUGGUCCCUCAAGGGCGACUUGUUUGCAUCGGGUGCGAACGACAAUCACUGCUGUCUCUUCAGUGUCAACCAAAUAUUCGGCCCGCCCAGGCAGGAUGCGCAAGGCCUCACAUCUUCAGUUGAAGGGUACGGAAGACAUGUGGAAUAUCCCCAGAGCUACGUCUACACGAAUAUGGACGAGAACAAUGUAUCCAACAAUGGAGGUGAACUCAUGACUCUGAGGACAUCACCGCCCACUGUGAGGAAUAUGCUACCGGGAUCUGAGAGAUUCCGGUGGGUCCAUGCAGCUGCGGUGAAGGCCAUCGCAUUCUGCCCCUGGCUAGAUGGUCUUGUUGCAACUGGAGGAGGUUCUAACGACAAAUGCAUCCACUUCUUCCACACGACGACCGGAGCGACCCUCGCAACGAUUACGGUUUCGGCCCAGGUGACGUCGCUCAUUUGGUCGACAACGAGACGAGAAUUGGCGGCGACUUUUGGCUACCCCCAACCGGAUCAUCCAUACCGCAUCGCCAUUUUCAGUUGGCCGGAUUGCAAGCAGGUUGCAGCGAUCCCGUGGCCCGGCGAGUACCGGGCCUUGUAUGCUAUACCAUACCCUGGCCCGCAGCCACGGGGCAACCCCCACGAUGACCGCGCAAGAAGCAAGAAAAACAUGACUCCGCAAGAAGGAUGUAUUGUAGUGGCGGCGAGCGAUGAAACUGUCAAGUUUCACGAGGUGUGGACGGCCGGCAGGAAGGCGACGGUUGGAGGAUCAGGAAUGCUUGGGGGUAGCGAUAUUCUGGAGGGCAUAGAAGGCAUUGAUAAAGAAGGAGACCUCAUUCGUUGA